UUUUCAGGAACAGAAUGAUUGUCAUCUCGUAUGGGGUUUCGAUUAAUACCAAUAAGUGCUUCCGUUUCACCCGUCUUGGUCGUACAUGUCAAAAUGGCUGGGUGUGCUUAUCUUUGGACCCCUGUACAUUCUUUGCUUUUGCAGGUUUUUGCUCAUCAUCUUUAACACAUAUAAACCCGACCGUUCUGCACGUCAUGAGUGUACUUUUGACGAAUUUCAAGGCUUUUUCGGUACCACGAAAGAUCGAUUAACUCAUGAAACUCAACGCACUUCAAUAAAAUCUUGGGCCUGUGAAAGCCCUUUAUGACUGGCACUCGACGGAAAAGCAUUGAUGGAACUCUAAUCCAUCAUCUUCACAGCAAGGAAGAACUGCUUGAUGCAGUAAACUAUUUUUAGACCCUGAUGUCGAGUUUCCCUUUUCAGAGUUAGUCCUUAUAGCUUCAGAUGCUACGAGCAUGUUCGAGCCUCAUCGCAGGAAAAGUGAAACCGAUGAUUCACAUCUUCCCAAAGGUGGUUGCAGAUUCAUUUUGCUGCAUCCUGAAUCAAAGCAUCUGCGAUGUGCAUGUGUCAAAUUUGCAACGAAUCGAUCCCUUCCAGGCAGUUCGUGUCAUUGUGGACACCAGGCAGUAUAUCACAACUCGGACCCAGAAUGUUCUGGUAAAGAGGUUGAGGCGUUAAAAUCGAGGAUUAGUACUCUUGAGGAAGAGCUGGAUCGAGAGCGAAGCGUAGGGAGAGGUGGUUUGUUUGAUCGGCUCAUACAAUUAGAAGAGCUCGUGGAAAAAGGAAAUUCAGAACGUGAAGUGGAGAUACGAAGCAUCCACCGUGGUAUUGGUGGUCUUUGGCAGAAUCUUGAGGUCCUAAACAAACGGACACCAUAUUACGAUGAUCGAAUUGAGGGAUUAGUGGAUGAUGUCCAUAGAAUUCGUGCUAGGAUGAUCGAAGUCGACGAUGCGUCAAUGCGAGUAGAAGAUAGAGUCGAUGCUCUUGAGAAUAUCUCGACACAGAUUUCUGGAACUCGAAAGUGGCCUCGGCGAAAAAGAGCAUCCACGCCUCCUGCUAGCAAUAUGGAGAUCACAAUCGGAGGACCUUCAAACGAUUGGCAAAGCAGUAUUGUAGGGGAUAUUACAAUACCUGUGAAUGUUAGUGCAUCAGGUCAGGAAUUCCCGGAAGGUAAUUUUCCGGGUGAUCGAUGCGUAGCUCAUUCAUGGACUGUACAUGUCUCACUUAUGCCUACGUCAUCCCAGCCAUUUCCUUUCGAGAAGGACACGGUAGCUUACAAAAGAUGUCUAUCUCGAGGAUUGCAUCAAAAGAUAGUUGUGCCCGACACAAAUAGUGACUCCUUCAAGGAGGCCGUGAAUUAUGCAUUUGCGCAAGUCUUGCGGGGAAGACCCUGGCAACCACUCGCGGCCAAGAUUUGCGAGGGUCAAAAUCUAAAAGGCCUUCCUAUGCUUCGUAAACUAGAUAGACAGCUAGUGAGUGUCACUUCAGUUCUUUGCCCUCACAAAAAGCUGAGCCUCCCCAAAACAAUACUAAUUCCAGUCGAACAGGUCUUCCGGGAUUAUGAUGUUGAGUUCUUGAAGGAACACUGCGCCGUCCUUGACGGAUGUGGCAGGAUCGAAGACAUAUACAUCGCUAUGCUCGAAGAAACAAUAAAUUGGAUCGAGCUGCAGGAGCUCGAGCCUUUCAUCGCAGGAUUAGAAUCUGCAUGGUCCCACGACACAUAUCUAGAUGGACCGCGUUCAUAUACACCCCUUCAAGAAUUAGAUGACGAGCUUAAUGAAGUCAUGGUAUCCGAAAAGCGACCAUCAGCUGAUAUGUUACCAUCCUUGCCGGCUAUUGAAAGACCACCAUCAAGUACGAAGUUAAAGAGACAUGCGUCGAGAAUUUCCAGAACCCCAAGCUUUGGCUCAACUGAGGGAGAGAAUUCUAGGACAAAAUUGAGGCAAAUUUACAAUGGGGCAGGGGCUGAUCUUGGCAGGUGUGCUGAAAUUUUUUGAUGUUAUGUAGAGUUUCGUCGAAAGUGUGUGAGAUCAUUAACCACCAAAGGUCAAUUUAAGGAUGAAUGUUGAAAGAUGUUCACGAAAGACCAUAACUCUUUGAUUGAGGAUACUCAAUUCGAAGUUGGAGUUGCACAAUGCUGUCUCAACAUCUUAUGAGAAUAGCCUUCAUCCUAAAUGUGAUUUAAGCCUCUGGAAUAUACAAACACUUAGCUAAUGCCUGAUGGAGCAUAUAUUCCACAUGGAUAUAGACAAUAGCUAGAGCAUCGAUAGAUUGUUUAGGCGCUGCAGUGAUUCUUUGGUCGAGUAGACAGAGGAGGAUCAACAAGGCCAGUCCCUAAUGCACAUGUAUCAAUAAUGUAGACACAACUUCCGAGCUCAUUUGUAGUGAUAUAUCGAGUGGUCAUGGUGGCCAAGGAAUCAAACGACAAGAUGCUUGCAGCCACUCCGGUACU